UUCCAUCUUCAUCGUGCAACAUCUCGCGGCACUGAGAACCGCUUGCAGACCUCACUUGGUUGUCGGACAAUUUAUCGGCCCAUCUUCGACAUUAUCAGUGUUCCACCGCCUUGAUGGCCACGACAUGCCCCCCGCAUCUCGUGUCAAUGGCACCCGCCAUGCAUAUUCUUCCGGCGGCAGACAAUUUGGACAUCUGAGCGGGUUGGAGCACGACACAAGUCCUAUGCCACAGUCUGUUGGUCAGAAGAGCGAGUUCUAGGGAAGCAUGACGCUCGAUUGACGACGGAGUAGCAUUGGUUUGCCACGCCAUGCCCUCCCGCGGAAGAAAGCAGAAUACACGGCAAAACGCGUGAAUGUAGCCUCUAUUCUUCCACCACCCAACUCAGGCAUUGAUCUACACUGAUAUUUGUCGCCCCGCAUCGGAGCGAGGACGACAAAUGCUGCUGAAGUAUAUAGAUAUCCACAGCACGAAAAGACCUUGAAAAUGCACUGCUCAGGCUGAGACAACACAUUCGAGGUGCAAGCUACGAUGCAGCUUCGGGGAGUCUUUUGUUCAGGAGCACUGCUGCUUCUGCAAGCUGUAGCUAUCAAGUUACCUUCGGAGUAUGACACGAUAUGGACCAGCCAGAGCUUGAACUCCUCGGGAUCGAUGCCAGUGGGCGGCGGCGAUGUCGGUCUCAAUGUCUGGGUUCAAGACAACAACCUUCUGUUCUACAUCGCCCAAAGCGGCGCUUUCGAUGAGAACAAUUCGCUUCUGAAGUUGGGCAGAGUCAACAUUACGAUGAACCCGAAUCCAUUUGCCUCCAAUCGGAGAUCCUCUUUCCGACAGCGUCUGAAUAUCAAUGAUGGCUACAUCACGAUUUCUGGUGGCCUCGGGACAGAGCUAAAGAUCUGGGUCGAUAUGGACACUUCUGACAUCCACGUGUCGUCGAGGAGCAGGGUUCCGAUCAGAUACACUGCCUCGCUUGAGUCAUGGCGAACAGAAGGUUAUCAAAUGGUUCCUCCCGAGCAACAGCAAACAUCGUGGGGAGUGAGCGCAGUGCCACAGCUUCCUGUGCCAUACCAACGCCCAGAUACUGUUGGCUUCACGGAUAGUGGAGUGCUGAGCUAUCACCACAACGAUGACUUGCCACUCUGGGAUGCUCAAGUGGCCGAACAAGAUAUUCAAGAUCCAGAAAGUUUUUUUAACCCCAUGAGAAACAACACCUUUGGUCUCUUCAUGUAUUCGCCAGACCUAAAGCGGACUCUGAUGACCAGCGGCACAUACAUCAAUACCAGCUACACAGGUUUUCAGCUGGCGUCAACUAAGGCAUCUUCAAGGUUCUCCCUAAUCAUUGGGACUGAUCAGCAGCAGACUACCGACGUCAACGCUUGGAAACAAGCAUUGAUCGCAAAGACCAAGGCCGGCUUGUCGAAAAAUCAGGCCAGCACCAUUGCCUGGUGGAACGCGUACUGGGACCGGUCACACAUCAUCAUCAAUCCUGCCGCAGGUAACUCAGAUCCAGGCUUUCAAGUCGGCAAAAAUUACCAGUACUUCCGAUACAUGAUGGCGUGCAAUGCCAAGGGCCAGUAUCCGACGAGGUUCAACGGAGGGCUUUUCACAUUUGAUCCGGUGCUGACAGAUCCGGAAGUUCCAUUCACGCCCGAUUGGAGACGAUGGUCCGGAGGAACAUUUACAGCUCAGAAUCAGAGGCUUCUGUAUUGGCCUUUGUUGAAGACUGGCGACUUGGACAUCCUCACUCAGGGCAUCGACUUCUACGGAAAUACAUCUCCGAACCAUCGCAAACUGGGCCAGCAGUACUUCGGCCUGGAUGUCGCACUGACAAGUGAGCAGUUGGACAAUACUGGGCUGCCAAACAUCUAUGAAUACAAUGCGAGAGCUUUCGGCGAUGAUUCGGAGGAACGCACAGAUCUCUAUCCGCCUGGUAUUGACUUCAACGAUUGGCUGAGCUGGCAGCAAGACACAGCGAAUGAGUUUGCGGACAUGGCGAUCAUGGCUCGCUCCGUCUACGGCGAAGAUGUCUCCAAAUGGGUGUCGUUCGUCGAAUAUCAACUCGCGUGGUUCGACGAAUUCUAUCGGCAGCGCAACGGCCUGAACUCGUCCGGAGAGCUCAUCAUAUACCCUGCAUCAGGUGCUGAGACUUACAAGCUUGCACUCAAUCCAUCCUCAACUGUAUCUGGCCUUGUCAGAGUCAUUACCGAUCUUCUGGACAGCGAUGUCUCUUUGGUCAAGGGCAACACGACGUACUACGAGCAAUACCGUGCGCGAGUACCCAAGACGCCGCUGCACCAAUGUCCUGGUGCGACAGAACUUACAUGCAUCUCGCCCGCAACGAACUACUCUUUCGCGCAGAACACGGAACCUUCGGCAAUGUAUGCCGUCUUCCCUUGGAGCGAAUAUGGUCUUGGACAACCUACAAAUCUGAGCUUCGCCAUCCACACCUACUUCAAUGACAGUCAGGCAGCCACUUAUCGCGGCAAUACCGGCUGGCGACAAGACCAGAUCUGGUUUGCACGAAUGGGACUCACCGACCUGGCAACAGAAUACAUCACAGAUCGCCUCUCUGACAGCACACGAUACAGGUUCUCGGCUUUCAAAGGUCCCAACUACGACUGGUCGCCCGACAUCAAUCACUAUGGAUCUGCUGCAAUCGGCUUGCAAGAGAUGGUGAUGCAGACUUUCGCACUGAACAAUACGCAAAUUCGACUUCUUGGUGCUUGGCCAGCAGACUGGUCUGGUUCUUUUAAGCUUACGGCUCCUCAGCAGACCGUGGUCCAAGGCAAGAUCUCAAAUUCCGAAGUCGAGAAUCUGGUCGUCACCCCUUCCAGCAGGUUACAAGAUGUUGUAUAUGGCCUGGAGAAGAGUCAACACCCGAGUUUUGACUAGUCGAUUCUGACGGACGCCACGCAUAUGCAACUUUUGUCAGACCAAGGACUGGUAGCAUUCGCGGUAAACCUGGCAUUGUGAUGAUUCACGACACGAUAUGAAGCGAAGGAUUUCGGUUUUCACAAGUGUACACAGGAAAAGAGCCAAUUUGCUGCACCUGUCAGCGAUCUAUUCGCAUAUUCCCGGAUAUAUGUAAACUGCACUUCCAGCAGCACAUAGUCUUUCGUUCCUCAAUUUGCCAGUCCGACUGAUGGCCACAAAGCUGUCCUCGCCCUUGAGCCGACUGUCAAGACCGAAACACA